AUGGGCAGCCCGGUGGUGGAAGGAUGGGACGCGAUACAAGAGUCCACCCUAGGUGACAAAUCUUGUAUCCUGACUGUGUUCCAGAAAGGUGUACCCAUUCGUCGCUUAGUAAAGUGGAACCACCUUACUUUGAGUACAAGGUUCGGGACUCGUUCCGACUAUGUGUUCCUCGAGAAGAUUCGACCGAUCAAGCGUAGUAAUGCAUCGGAUAUAGUGGCCACCAUUGCUGAUAAAUGGAAAUAUCGUUAUUUCCCAUAUAGGCCAGGUUGUGAGCACCAGAGUUCAUUGGAGAAAAAAUCAGGAAGAAGAAAAAUGAAGAUAGAUUUGUCACAGAUUCCAGCAAUGCAAGAUAAGGUUAAGUCGCGUUGGUUUGAAAAUAGAGCGACG